CGUGGUCAUGGCUUCGCCCUUCUCCGGCGGGGGACAACGGGCGCCUCCACAACCAUGCAACGCGCCCCCGACGACCCCUCCCUCCCCUGCUUUUCACAGAGAGAGGCCAGAUCCGCAGGGAAGCCGCAGGGGGUUCCCGGCGAAGCGAAGCACGACAAGUUCUCCUCCUCCUCCUGCUGCUGCUGCUGGUGGGUAAUGGGAUACGAUACGAGGAUGGUUCCUUUUGACGGAAAAAGUGGGUGUUAGGGUGUGAAUCCGCCCAACAAUGGCGCUACUCCUCCGGCGUUUCUGCUCCCUUUUCCCUCAUCAUCAUCGUCAUGAACAUCAUCUAGUGAAUCCGUCUCUGGGAUCGUUCCUGCUCCUCCUGCUCUUCUUCUCCCCGCGCCUUGCCCUCGCCGACGACCAGGCCACCCCUAAUUCUCCAGGUUGCAGUAACAAGUUUAAAAUGGUUAAGGUGAACUAUUGGGUCGAUGGUAAGGAAGGCACAAGUGCAGAAGGAGUUAACGCGCAGUUUGGUUCUCCCUUACCAAGUCGCGAGAGUGACGCCAUGAAAAUGAAGGUUGCUUUGGCAAAUCCAUUUACUUGCUGUGGCAAUAUGUCCUCAAAGUUAUCUGGUUUGCUAGCCUUGGCCAGACGAGGGGAUUGUGCCUUCACAACCAAAGGAAACGUUGCACAGGCUGUAGGUGCAGCAGCAUUACUUGUGAUGAAUGAUGAUGAAGAUCUUUUUAAAAUGUCUUGCACUUCAAAUGAUACUUCCAUUAACAUUACCAUCCCGAUUGUGAUGAUUCCAAAGUCAGCAGGGGAUGCAAUCCGACAACCUUUGGUUGCUGGACAGGCAGUGGAAAUUCUAAUGUAUGCCCCCAGUCGACCGGUGAUUGACUUCUCACAAUUUUGUUUGUGGAUGAUGUCUGUUGGCACUGUAUUCUGUGCUUCUUUAUGGUCUGAAUUUGUUGCACGUGAACAAACUAGUGAAAGUUAUGAUCAGCUGACGAGGAAGGAAAGCCUUAGUUCUGUUGCAACUACAAAAGAUGACACUGAGGAAGAGGCUCUUGAUAUCAGUGUGAAAGGAGCUGUCAUUUUCAUUCUAUCAGCAUCUGCUUUUCUGUUGGUGUUAUUCUUUUUUAUGUCGGCAUGGUUUGUUUGGCUACUUUAUAUUAUGUUCUGCAUUGGUGGCAGUCAGGGGAUGCGUGCAUGUCUAGUGGGAAUAAUUUCAAGGUUUUUUGGAGGUUCUCAGAAGAAGAAAGUCAGUCUUCCUCUAUGUGGUGAAGUGUCAGUUUUAUCUCUUGUUAUUUUUCCAUUUUGUGCAGCAUUUGCUAUAUUUUGGGUUGUAAAUCGGCAUGCAUCAUAUGCCUGGAUUGGACAAGACAUUCUAGGUAUUUCUCUGAUGAUAACUGUUCUACAAACAGCCCGCUUGCCAAAUAUCAAGGUAGAACUUUUCCAAUACACUUUUUGUAGUUCUUUUGUUGCUUGUUACAACUAUUUUCACACAUGUAGGUACAUUGUAUGCAUACAUAUAUGCUAUACUUAUAUUUUUACAUAUAUAAGUUGUCUUUUCCAGGUUGCCGCGGCACUCUUAUGCUGUGCUUUUGUAUAUGAUAUCUUCUGGGUCUUCAUAUCACCACUUUUGUUCCACCAAAGUGUAAUGAUUGCAGUUGCACGAGGUGAUAAAAGUGGUGGUGAAAGUAUUCCUAUGGUAUUGAGAAUUCCACGAUUUUUUGACCCUUGGGGUGGUUAUAAUCUCGUUGGCUUCGGAGAUGUUUUGUUCCCCGGGCUUCUUGUUUCAUUUGCUUUCAGAUUUGAUAGAAUGAAGAAGAAGGGUAUAUUAAAUGGUUACUUUCUUUACUUAAUCAUUGGCUACGGAGUUGGACUUUUCCUCACAUAUCUGGGUCUAUAUUUAAUGGAUGGUCACGGCCAACCUGCUCUCCUAUAUCUCGUUCCCUGCACAUUAGGUGUCUCUGUUGUACUAGGCUUGGUGCGCAAAGAACUGAAAGAUUUGUGGAGCCACGGGGAGUCUCAAACAACUGGUUCUGUACCAGGAGCUUGAAUGCGCUACUGAGUGUGACAGAUCUUGGAAAUUCCAACUUCAUGAGCGACCACUUCAAUAGACCUAUUAUUGUAGAUAUAUGAACACCAAGAAGUCCGGUGGCAUAUGAUGGCAUUAAGUUUUUUUACUUCAGGUGCUUGUUCUUCAGAUCGUAAGUGCAGCUGCAUGUGUAAAUUUACAAGAGCAGGCGGCUUUUCAUCCUCAAAUACAUUUUGUGUUCAUACAUAUAUCACAGAUAUGAACGCCAAGAUGUCUGGUGACACUUGUUCUUCAGAUCGUAAGUGCAGCUGCAUGUGUAAAUUUACAAGAGCAGGCGGCUUUUCAUCCUCAAAUACAUUUUGUGUUCAUACAUAUAUCACAGAUAUGAACGCCAAGAUGUCUGGUGACACAUGAGAGCAUUUAGUUCACUUCUGGUGCUUCAGAUAAUAAGUGCAUCAGGAUGCGUGAAUGUCACGAGUUCACGCGUGGAUCUAAUCCUGUUUGUCUCUGUUAAUCAUCGGUGAAAAUUCUGUACAAAUGCUAUCAUGUAAAAAUCUAUCCAUGCGUGGACACAACGUGUGAAGCAGGCUCUUGUUA